GCCUGUGCGCUGCAGCGCGUGCGCGAGCGGUGCAGCACCGGCCGCGGGAGCAGGGAGUAUUAUGGGCUGUGGGUGCCGCUGAGCAAGAUGGAGCUGUCUGCAGUGGGCGAGCGGGUCUUCGCGGCGGAAUCCAUCAUCAAACGGCGGAUUAGAAAGGGACGCAUCGAGUACCUGGUGAAAUGGAAGGGGUGGGCCAUCAAGUACAGCACUUGGGAGCCCGAGGAGAACAUCCUGGACUCGAGGCUCAUCGCCGCCUUCGAGCAGAAGGAGAGGGAGCGUGAGCUGUAUGGGCCCAAGAAGAGGGGACCCAAACCCAAAACUUUCCUCCUGAAGGCGCGGGCCCAGGCCGAGGCCCUCCGCAUCAGCGAUGUGCACUUCUCUGUCAAGCCCAGCGCCAGCGCCUCCUCGCCCAAGCUGCACUCCAGCGCAGCCGUGCACCGGCUCAAAAAGGACAUCCGCCGCUGCCACCGCAUGUCCCGCCGCCCCCUGCCCCGCCCAGACCCCCAGGGGGGCAGCCCGGGCCUGCGCCCGCCCAUCUCGCCUUUCUCGGAGACCGUGCGCAUCAUCAAUCGCAAGGUGAAGCCUCGGGAGCCCAAGCGGAACCGCAUCAUCCUGAACCUGAAGGUCAUCGACAAGGGCACGGGCGGAGGGGGCGCUGGGCAGGGGGCCGGAAACCUUGCCCGCCCCAAAGUCCCCUCUCGGAACCGAGUCAUCGGCAAGAGCAAGAAGUUCAGCGAGAGCAUCCUGCGCACGCAGAUCCGCCACAUGAAGUUCGGCACCUUGGCGCUGUACAACAAGCCGCCCGCGCCCGGCCCCCUGCCGGCCCCGCCCGCCAGCAAGGCCGACCUCGCCGGCUCCGCCGCCCCGGGGCUGCUCCUGGCGGCCCCCGCUGCCUCCUAUGAUGCCCGCAGCUCCAGCUCCUCCGGCUGCCCCUCGCCAGCACCACAGUCCUCCUCCGACCCUGACGACUCGCCCCCCAAACUGCUCCCCGAGACCAUGAGCCCAUCGGCCCCCGACUGGCAGGAGCCUGAGGUGCUCGACCUGUCCAUCUCUCCCGAGUCGGCAGCCACCAGCAAGCGGGCCCCUCCCGGCGCCGCUCCAUCUGCCAGCCAGGAGCCUCCCCCCGCCCCCGAGCCCGCGGGCGCCCCUGAGCCGGAGGCUGGGGACUGGCGCCCUGAGAUGUCCCCCUGCUCCAAUGUGGUCGUCACCGACGUCACCAGCAACCUCCUGACCGUCACUAUCAAGGAGUUCUGCAACCCUGAGGAUUUCGAGAAGGUGGCUGCUGGGGUAGCAGGCUCUGCUGGUGGGGGCGGCAGCAGUGGGGUGAGCAAGUGAGGGGGCUCCAGCAAGGAGGAGGCUUGGGGGGGCCCUCCUGCCGAAGGUCACACUCUUGCUCCCACCCCCACCCUCAGACACCUGCCUGUGCUUUGCUUGUUUCCAGUGGCUCAAUGUUACCCCUGGGAUGGGUGGGCAGUUGGAACCCCUGAAGCCUGUGGGGUCAGUCCUGGACCAGAUUAGGGCUGCAGUGGGGCAGAGGCCCUGGCAGUCCUCUUGUCAUGUGGCACCCCUCUCCCCAUGCACCGUGGGGCCCACUGGGCGGCUCCUACGGAGUCCCAGAACCUGGGGUUCAGCUGCCGCCUCCACGUCCUGCCCUGCCUCCCCAGCUUGCUUCCAGCUCACGCACGCAGCAUCUGAUUUCUCGGUGCUAACCGGGCAGCCGAGGGGCCCCUUAGGAGACCCCUCAGCAUGGGCACCAUUCCUCUCCUUCCUCCAGGUGCCCGGGCAGAAGGGCAGGGAUGGCAGAGCCCAGACGGGUUGAGGAGCCCAAUGAGGGUGGCAGUGCCCAGAGCAUGGGUCCGCCCACUUCUGGAGGAGACUCAAGCGCUCCUUUAGGCCCCACCCACCUCUCCUAACCCGUCUGGCAGGUGGGGGAGCUGGCAGGACCUCACCUGCCUCAGCCUCCCAGCGGCUAAAGGCCCCUUCAGUUCACGACCAAAGGUGCUACAAGAACCUGCCGGACGCUUCCAGCCCUGCGCGUGCGCGUGCAUGUGCAGCCACUUGCUGUGCGUGUGUUGCCGUGUGCACCGGCACGGGUCCAGGCUUUCCAGGCCGCACUUGGGUUCCUCAGACAGGCUCGUCCAAGGCCUGGACCUUCCCUUGCCACCAGCUGGGCCUGUGGAGGCCGCCAGGCCUACCUCCCGGCCUGGUGUGCUGGGCAUGCAUCCCCACGCCCGUCUCCCUCGGGGUGGGCAGGCUGACGGGCCAGGCCUCUGUGCUGCGCACAUGGCAUGGGGGGGCCUGAAGUCGCGAAGGGAGACCCCGUCCGAGCGUCCCCGUCCUCCUGGGUGCUGUGGGGGAGGGGGAGCCUGGCACUGUGUCCCGGGGUCUCCCGCUUCUCGCCCCCUCUCGCCUGCUUCUAACCGCUGAGGCUCUCACGGCGCAGCCUGCCCGCAGCAGCGGGAGGCCUGUGCCCCGGGCAGCGUUCUCCCUCUGCUGCCAGGGAGCUGCGGCGGCCGUGCCAGUGGCAGAGACCAAAGCCCGGUUUUAAUCCAGACACUGGAGGACAGGCAGGCCGAAGGGGGGUGCGAAGAGGGGCCUGUUUUCUUCGGAAGAGCAAGGGUUUGAGGGCCCGGGGUCUGGUGCGCUGGGGGAGGCAGCCUGGGCCACUGGCUGUCACGGUUUGGCAUGAGGGGCACGCCCUGUGCCCUGCGGGAGGCUCGGUGUCGCUCCCUGGUGUGUGCGGUGACAGGUGUCAGCUCUGAGCGUGAGGGCAGACGGUAGGAGGAGGGAAUCCAAUUAGGGAACAGAAAGUGGGAGGACUCGUUCUUUCGUCUCCCACCAGGGGCUACAGCCUGGCCUCUGGCCCUCCCCACCCCAGGGUGUAGAGCGAGGGCCCUCAGAGGGUUUGGGGGGCUGGCACUCCCGGACCCUCCCACCUGCCCUUAGUGUUGGCUCUGUGGCUGUCCAAGUGCCAAUUGGCUGCCCCCCAAAUAAGGGCUGGUUUUCUCCUCUGUCCUUGGAGGUGAUUCCCCCGACCCCGCACCCCAGGUGAGCGACCACCUGGGUGUCAGUUCCAGGUGUCCCCAGAGACCAUAGAAAUGUGUUUUCCUGAGAGUCUGUGUCAUUCGUGACUUUUUUUGUAAAGAAGUUGUGUUUUCAGAGGUGAUUUUAUGACAGGAAAGUGAAAGAAUUAGUUUUGCAAAAAACAAAAAAGAGGAUAAAAAAGAAAUAGAAAAAAAUAUUGUGGGGUUCCUAUGGGGUUGGGGAGGGAGGGGAGAAAGAUAUUUAAAGAAAAACUGGUAACGCAGUGAUUGCACAGGUGAGGUGGCAAUGUGAGGGCAGGAAUGGAGGGCGGGCCGGCUGUGGCCGCUGCCUGCCUUUCUGGUGAGGCAGAGUGAGCCCUCCCCCUGGGCCCAGACCCCGGCCUGCCCUCCUCCAAGGAAAGGAUGACAGCUGGUUCCGAGGGAAGGAGCCGAAAGCUGCAGGGGCCAAGCACAUGGAGCUGGGAUUUGGGGAGGGGGGCAGGCUACGGGACGCACCGUUGGCGACUUCUCCAGGAGGCUGGUGAGAGGUGCCGUUGGGUGUCUUGCUCUCCUCCAUUCCUUCGCUUGUCGGGCCAUCCGGUCCCUACCACUCCCACCCCAUGGGGGACGUCUCCCUCCCCAUCACCCAAAGACCAGGACACCCCUGCGCUUCCCUGGCCAGGGAGGGGGUACAGGCUUCAGGAAGACAGAGCUGUGGACUCUGGGAGACAGGUGGUGACCCUAAGGGAUUGGGGGUUACCAUGGAGAGAAGGGAAUGCCUACCCCUUCUCUUUCCACUGGUGGGCGGGUUGCUACCCUGACCCCUAGCCUUGCAGAGGCACGCAUGCACACUGCUCGGAGAUGAGCAGCUCCCUGGGGGCCCGCGUGGGCGGUGUCACGAGCAAACGGCCCUCCUUACCUCUCCCGGGGUGGCUGGGGCAGGGGCCGGAAGCACCCACACACUCUUGCACGGAUCAGCCUCCCAUGGGCCCUUCCCCUUGCUGCUUUCCACUUGCCUAAUUAAGGUCAUGUCCCCUUAAUGCAGAAGUUGCAGUCUGGUUUGCUUUAUUUUUACAUGUGAACACCCCCACAGCCGAUCUCCCAUGUUCAAGUAUCGGUUGGGGCAUCGGUCAUGUCCCCUUAUGCCACCCCUUCCUACCCACAUGUCAUAGGAAACAGGUGAGGUUUGGUGUCUCUGGUUUGAGAUGGGAAGUUGGGACCAUCCCUGUGUUCCCCUCUCUGACCCUCAUUUGCCCAUCUGUGAAAUGGGUGUAUGGGGAGCAAGGCCUCUGUAAAGCACGGCUGGUGUCCAGGCAGCGGCUGAGGGUUAGGUAAGUGGUGGUUGAGGUUGCUGGCCCGGGGCCUCCCGCCUCCCACAGCCCCUUUUGUUCUCACCCUGCUGAGGGGUCAGGGUCACACUGAGUUCCGUCCUUCCUCUGCUCCGGAGAGGUGAUGGUCAAGUCCCCAGCCUCAUUGUGAGCUGGGCAGGGUUGGAGGGAUCGCCCCAUUUAUGGAAACGGCUCCUAGAGGCAGAGAUGCUUCAUGGGGCUGUUCUGGCCUUUGGCAUUUUUAAAGCCCCUUUAAAUGCUGGGCCCUGGAGCCACCAGAGAGCUGGCAGGCUGCCCCUGAGCCAGGGGUCCUGGGUGAGGGGUCGGCCCGGAGUAGGAAGUGUUCGCUCGGGCGUGAGGGUGGAGGUGAGCCGCCACCAGCCUUCCUGGGCUCUGGGACCCAGGUGAGCACGCCAUCUCCCACCUUUGGGGUCAGGGGGUUGGUUUGGUUUUGCACUUGGCCCCCCGGACGUGGAGCCCCACCUGUCAGCUCCACGCGAUGCACUAGCCCACGGCAGCUGGGGGCUUGUAUGGUUUAGGAAUCACUUUAAAAAAAGGAAAGUGUUUCAAGGUUUUUGUUUUUCUAUCUGCAUCUCCUCUCAGACUCAGAAAGCCCAGAACCACGGCCUCAAACUGCAGGAGAGGGUCUCCCAGCCCGACCCAUCUUGCUGACAGUCACCAAGAUCCUAAUGGGCAGCUGGAUGGGGACAGAACCCCACCUCCCAGGCCUGCGGGCCCCCCUUCCCCCCCAAGGAGUCAGCGCCUCACUCCAAUAAUGAGUGAGCCCCUACUGUGUGCAAUGCUUCCGCCAGGCCAAGGGGGGCUGAUGGUAAUGGGGGACCCUCCACAAGAGGCCAGCAUAGAAGGAACGGUUCUGGGGCCCGCCCCGGCCUUGGCCAGAGUGGAGAUGGAGACUUCUUUUUUGGUUUUAAUUUAAAAACACAAAGGCCUAAAGAAAUGUAUCUUAUAAUUUUUUUUAAUUUUUGAAAAGCUCAUUUAAUGAAUUGUGCACGGAUGAAUUCUAUAUAUAUAAAAUAUACAUAUAUAGCUCUAUAUUUGGGGAGGGCACUCUCUUUUCUCUUUCUCAUUUUAAAAAUGAAGUGUUGUUGCCUUUGUCUGUGGUUCAACCAUCCAGCUCCCAGCUGGCUAAACUUUGCCUCCAGUGGUUAAAGAGAGGAAACGGGGAAUCGGCAGGCCCCCCUGCAUGAGGGGUCCCCGUCCACCUGCCCUGCCCCAGAGGCUGCGGGGGGAGAAGACGGCCUGUUUCGGGUGUGGGUUUCGGUUCUGUUCUGGAUUCGGUUGUUUCUGGGUCGGGGGAGGGGGGUUCGUGCUGAUUACUCUCGUCUUGUACGUUUUGUUCUGCUGCUCUUUGAUAUUGUAUCAAUGCCAGGAAGGGGGGUGGAAAGCUUCUUGCUCCCCAAAUAAAUUGUCACAUUCCAG